AUGCGCUCAGUUAAAAUCAGUCAGCAGGGCUUCCUUAAUAAGUCAGCUGAAGCCCAUAAAGUUGUAAACACUUAUAUUUUUGGUUCUUGGGGGAAUUUCAAUGUGUCAGAUGUCAAGGUCAAGGUUUUAACUAUGAUACGAUAUGAAAUGUCCCUGAUUAUUAAAGCUCUUGGUACGCCUGGCAUAAAAGCAGCUCUAAAGAGACAACUUAAAGGAAUGCUUGAGAAUGGCGCUCACUUAUUCAAUGUUGAAAAUCUCGGUCUGAGGCGACUGCCGAAUGUUUUCCAUGUUCAAGGUGAACGGCAAUACGAAGGCCACUAUUUUCUUAUUAAUUUCAAUGCUCCUUACGAUUCAAUUACUCUGAUGAAGAAAAUAGCGAAUAAAGACUCCGAUGUCAUCAAAUGCUUCGCUAGCCUCAAAAAUGACAACUGGGUUCCUCCGUGUUCAUUACCUGAUGCGGCCAAGUGUGAAUUCGGAGAAAUUCGUAAUCCGAAUUACGAAAAAACUGCUAGACGACGACAUGGUUACCGAAUGUACUAAACAAUAAACAAAAACCAAUUGCAACGGGCAAGAAGCACGACAACCGACGAACGAACAUGAACGAAUCAUUGUACAUACAUCACAUCAGCACUGACAGAUGGCCAAAAGGCAACACAUUGCCAUCGCACUCACCGGACGUUUUACUAAUGAUGGUACAAUUAGCUUCUCAUUUCCAACUGGUAUCGUCUUAGAAUCGUCACGACCCCACUAAGGAGGGAGUGAACUGAAGUGGUAAAUAAUUCUCUAAGAUUAUUAGUCUGCUACAUUCUUCCUUGAGCACUGGAUGUUGACCUUCAUUGAUUAAGUCAACUUGUUAAGUUCGAGGUGUGCGAUCAAGCAUUUACAUAAUUUGGCACACUGUCGUUUCACAUUCGGUCGUUCGUGCACGAACCCUAACUAGCUAAGCAUUCAUCAUCGCACUACGAUUCUGAUCACCAAAUAUAUAUCUCGUAUUUUGGAUGAUCAAUUCAUUCUCUUGAUCUGUCUCUAGAGUUGAAGGUUAAAAACUUGUAUUUGCAUACAGAGUAUCUUGCGUAAAUGUCAGCAUCCAUCAUCUUCUAAACCUUGCUUACAGUUGUCACGUAAACGCAUCCAUUUUAUUCUCAUCCAGUAACAAUUUUCACUUUAUCGAGUUGCAAACGUUUACUACCAUUAUACAUAAUUUCUUCCUAUCUUUAGAGAGCACUUAUGAUUAAUUUUACUAAUUAUGUUGCACGUCUACCAUUCAAUAACGAACUGUUUUGUGUUAUAGUAAAUAUAAAUAGGAUUAUGCAGCCUUUAUUGUUGAGUUCAUCGAUAGAGGAAUUGCUUUUGCGAAAAGUUUCUUUUAUUUUCUUUAUGACUCAAUAACUACCAAAAAACCCUUCUGAGAAACAUUCAGGUAGUCUUAACUCCAAACUUACUACAAGGAAUCGAAAUUGGGGCUUCCACAUGUGUGGUGAGAGCUGGCUGUUAGUCAAAAUUGAUGGACAAUAAUUUACGUCAGUGUUUAUGUUCCCAGUAGUGGUCGUGAAAAAAUGAGAACAAAGGCUUUGCGUAGGCGGAUACAGUUAACAUAUGGAUGAUCUGAUAUUCAAGAAACAGCCACAAAGAGAUGCAAGGUUAACUUUCUGUGAGAAACAACCAAUCAAAAGACUGUUUUUCUGCUAACAAUAAUCUAUAUUAUGUACAUGAAACUCUAUAAAUAUGU